CAAACAACACGUGCAACCGGUGCGGUGCAGGAAUUCCGCGUGUAGUUCCAAAAAAUUAUCUACGAAAAUGAAGCUUUUACCGGAGCUAACGAACUUAAAGCCACAAUUUAAGGAAAUAUCUUCAAAACAGAAUGAGAUCCUGGCGAACCUGGGUCGUCCCCAUAUCGAUUCGUUCAACUAUAUGCUGAACGAAGGAAUCGAAGAUAUGCUGUUUCGAUUGGAACCGGUCUGCUUUGAGCUACCGAACACGAACCGCAUCAAAAUACGGAUCACGGAUCUAAAUAUCGCUUCACCGGUCGUACCGAUGCUAAUGGUUGAUGUGGCGGAACGGCGAGUGUUUCCGAGCGAAUGCCGCCAGAAGGCAGAUACGUACGCCGGCAUGUGCACGAUAACGCUCGCAUGGGAGCUGGAUGGUAGGCCACAGCCACCGAUAACGCGCGAGAUGGGCCGUAUACCGAUCAUGCUCCGAUCGAAGGCCUGCAAUCUCAGCGAUCUAUCACCGGAGGAAUUGGUCGCACGCGGUGAGCACGAGGACGAAUGGGGUGGUUAUUUUAUAGUGCGCGGUAACGAGAAGCUGAUACGCAUGCUUGUGAUGACGCGCAGAAACUAUCCGAUCGCAAUCAAGCGAAAUACGUGGCGUGAUCGGGGCAAAGAUUUCAGCAGUACGGGUGUAUUUCUACGUAGCGUUCGCAACGAUCAACAUUCAACGAAAAAUGUGCUUCACUUUCUUACGAACGGUACCGCAAAAUUAAUGAUAAACAUACGAAAAUCGCUAUCGUUUAUACCGGUAAUGAUGAUUCUGAAAGCGCUCGUAAACCACUCGGACAAUGAGAUUUACCGGAAGCUAAUUGUUGGUUUUGAGAACGAUCAAUACUACCGACGAUGCAUCAUGAACAUGCUGCGGGAGCUACAUGACGAAAGCAUACACAGUACGCAGGAUUGCCGUUCGUCCAUGGGCACCUUGCUUAGAUAUCAGCUCACCUACACAAAUAUGCCCAAAUGGUACACAAACGAGCAAGCCGGCAGCUACAUACUGGACCAAUGCGUGCUGAUCCAUCUCGACAGUAACGAGGACAAAUUUAAUCUGCUCGUGCACAUGGUACAGAAGCUGUUUGGUGUCGUGCAGGGUCGCUACGCAGCAGAAACGCUCGACAAUACGAUGAUGCAGGAGAUAAUGCUCGGUGGUCACAUGUAUCAGAACAUUCUGCGGGAGUUGUGCCUAACAACGAUGACAAUGGUGCGAUUCAAUUUGUCAAAGUUAUGCCCGGAUAUAAGCUCGGAUACAGUGAGUACGAACGAAAUGAUGAUGGCAUUGAAGAACACUUCCAGCUUUCAACAGUCAAUUGCGGUAUUUCUCGCUACGGGCAAUCUCGCGAAAGCUACCGAGAUAGGGCUGAUGCAAAACAGUGGGCUGGUGAUCAUAGCGGAAAAUAUUAACCGUAUGCGCUACAUGUCCCAUUUCCGGGCCGUACAUCGUGGUUCCUACUUCCUGACGAUGCGUACCACCGAGACGCGUCAGUUGCUGCCGGAUGCGUGGGGUUUCAUCUGCCCGGUGCACACCCCGGAUGGAGAACCGUGCGGAUUGCUUAACCAUCUUACCGCCGACUGUACCGUGUCGGUUACGCAGGAUCCGGAAAAGGUGGCCAACAUAUCGAGUACGCUCGUAACGCUCGGUAUGCAACCGAUCGAUGCACCCCAAGGGAUGGGAACCGUACCGUACGACGAAUGUUACGUGGUGAUGCUGGAGGGAAAGAUAUUGGGCAUGUUGCCACGCGCCAUUACACGGCAGGUGGUACAGAAGUUGCGCCUGCUUAAGAUUGAUGGUGAUAUUAUACCCAACCAGACGGAAAUUGCGUUUGUCCCGGCACGUGAAGGUGGUCAAUAUCCCGGUCUGUUUCUGUUCGUUGGUCCCGCCCGUAUGAUGCGUCCGGUAAAAAAUUUGCUCUGCAAUAAAACGGAACUGAUCGGUUCGUUCGAACAGGUGUACAUGGAUAUCUGUGUUACGCCGGAGGAAUCGUACCCAAACCUGACCACCCAUAUGGAGCUGUGCAAAACGUCCUUCUUGAGCAACUUGGCACAGCUCAUACCGAUGCCGGACUGCAAUCAAUCACCGCGAAACAUGUACCAAUGCCAGAUGGGCAAACAGACGAUGGGAACUCCGUGCCACAACUGGGACAAGCAGUGUAUUGCGAAGAUGUACCGUUUGCAAACACCCGCCACACCACUGUUCCGACCAGUGCACUACGAUAACAUUAAUCUGGACAACUACGCGAUGGGUACAAACGCGAUCGUGGCGGUCAUUUCGUACACCGGUUACGACAUGGAAGAUGCGAUGAUUAUCAGCAAAUCAGCCUACGAACGUGGUUUCGCUGCCGGUAACAUUUACAAAACGGAAUACGUAGAGCUAACGGAUGAAAACUUCUUUGCGCGCAAUCCGAAAGAUUUGUCGCUCAAUCAAUAUCUCGAUAACGAUGGGCUUCCGUAUAAAGGGGCACAGCUGACGAAAAAUACGCCACUUUAUUGCUACUUCGACUACAACGAUCAUCAGUAUCAUGUGGAACGGUACCGCAGCUCCGAAGAUGCCAUCGUGGACAACGUGAAGCUGGGCUGCCCGCUACAGAGCAAUGUGCGGAGCGUAGGCAGAGGACACACGGUCACGAAGCAGCUGAUACUGACGUACCGUGUGCCGCGCAAUCCGAGCGUUGGCGAUAAGUUUGCUUCCCGGGCCGGCCAGAAGGGUAUCUGUUCGCAGCAGUGGCCCGCGAUCGAUCUGCCGUUUACCGAGUCGGGCAUGAUACCGGACAUUAUUUUCAAUCCGCACGGAUUCCCAUCCCGCAUGACCAUUGCGAUGAUGAUCGAAACGAUGGCCGGUAAGACGGGUGCCUGUCACGGGCUGGUGCACGAUGCGACACCGUUCCGGUACGAUGAGAACAACACCGCGAUCGAUUACUUCGGCCGGCUGCUGGAACAGUCCGGGUACGAUUACUACGGUACGGAGCGUAUGUACAGCGGGGUGGAUGGGCGUGAAAUGAAGGCGGACAUCUUCUUCGGUGUGGUGCACUACCAGCGAUUGCGUCACAUGGUAAGCGACAAGUGGCAGGUACGCUCGACGGGACCAAUCGAUCAGGUGACACAGCAACCGAACAAGGGACGCAGCAGGGGUGGCGGUGUACGAUUCGGCGAGAUGGAGCGUGACGGACUGAUAUCGCACGGUGCGUCCUUCCUGCUGCAGGAUCGGCUAAUGCACGGAUCGGACAAGGUGGUGGCGCUCGUAUGCCGCCGAUGCGGUACGCUGCUUGGGCCGAUUGACAGUGUCACCAAGCGGCUGGCAAUCAACUCGAACGAGCUGCAACGUACACCGGCUACAUGUAGGCUGUGUGAAGAUGACCAAGAGAUUGGACACGUGGAAAUUCCUUACGUCUUCAAAUUUCUCGUAUCGCAGCUGUCGUCAAUGAACAUUAACGUUAAGCUUCAGCUUUCACAUCCUGAUGUAUAAGUGUUUUUUUUCAGUUCUAGAAACAAAAGUUUA